GCGCAGGGCCGUGGCCUGUCUCCCAGCCUGACUGAGCCUGCAGCAGUGCCCUCUCCCCCUCUUCCUCUCCGCCAGCUGCUCUGCUCCCCCUCUUUCCUCCAGAGCCGGAGCGCCCCAGAAGGCCCGCAGAACCCGUGCUGGAGGAUUGAGGCCCGGCCGAGGCAGUGCUACCCCGAGCUGGCCACUGGGGGGCGACAGGCGCUGCUGCCCUGGGACCCCGAGACCCCCGCUGCGUGGUCCAGCGAGGCUCUGACCCCCCCACCGCCCGUGGGGCCAAUAUCCCCCCUGGUUCUGCCUCGUCUCUCCCCCAUUGGGGCUUAUUCCCCCCCGCACAGAGCCGGGCUGCCCCUCCCGGGGGCAGAUUUGAGCCGCCUGUGCUCGCCUCUCUUCCCCCGCAGCCGGACCCUGCCCUGUCUGGCUCUGGGCCCCACCCCGGCCCCCAGGGGAGCCCCGAGCCCCCCAGACGGCUCUGGGCUGGUGUUGACGUCAGUGACCCGGCCGCACCGCCAGUCGGUUCGGAGCGCCUCCUUCUCCGGCUCGGGGCAGGUGGGCGGGGCUUGGAUGGCCAGCAGCACAUGGACCCCUCCAGGAAACCGGGGGCUGUCCCUGCCGUGCCUGCAGGAAAAGAAAGCGCUGGUCAGCGGGGUCAGUGUGGCAGUGGAGGCUGUGCUCUCUCAGUUCAGCUCCUCCAGGACUCUGGUUCAGAAGGCCCAGUCUGGAGACAGCAGUAUUAACCCCUCUGUGGGCCGGCUGGUCCUGCAGUGCCUGUGUCCGGCUCUGUGUCGCCUGCUCUCGGACAGCCUCAAGCCCUACCAGAGUGACCUCAUCGCUGGCCGGAGGCCGAACUCGCCCUGGGGGCUGGUGCAGGCCUCCACCCGCCCCGGCCCCUGUACCCAGGCCCUGUCCUCCCUGCAGCGCCACGUGGACCAGCUGCCCCAGCUGAGACUCAACUCGCAGCGCUUCAACGCCUUCCUGCUGGGCCUGCUCAACUUAAAGCUCCUGGACUUCUGGCUCUCCCACCUGCAGUCAUGUGAAGACGUGCUGGUGGCCCACUACAGCCCCGCCUCUUUCAUGCGUCUGGCGCGCACUUCCUGUCAGCCUCUCUUCGAGGAGCUGCUCCUCCUGCUGCAGCCUCUCGCCCUCCUGACCUUUCACCUUGACCUGCUCUUCGAGCACCAUCACCUCGACCCCCGGACCCCGCCCAGUCGGAGCCCGGAGCCGGCCGGUGGGGCCGAUCAGGAAGGGCUCGGAAUCAGUCCGGCCAAAGGGGACAUCAGCCAAAACAGCUCAGCCCAUCAGGGCGGGGGCCAAGGUAACCAAGAACACUGCACAGCUGCCUCAGCCAAUCAAGAGCACAAGAGAGAGAGCCCGACCAAUCAGACUGCUGGGAGGUCAGGUACAGCCAAUCAGAAGAGCAAGGAAGUCCCAGCUGACCAGGGCUCAGGGUACAGCAGGCAGACAGCCAAUGGGAGCCCUGGGCCCGGGCCUGUGGACAGUAAGGCAGAGGCUGCAUCUCAGUUUAUCUGGGAGGCAGAGAGAGCUCCCUCUAGUGUUGGGAGGGUGUUAUCUCAGCAGGCAAGCCAGGCCAUUCAACACAGCUGGGGCUCUCUGCUGCGCUGGGGGGAGCGGCUGGGCCAGACCUUGGGGGUCACAGGCUCCGUGAGGACCCAGGAGCUGUCUCAAGAUCCGCAGCUCCACCCAGGAGAGCCCUCAGGCACCUCCCUGGAUACCCCAGACCUCAAGACCCCAUGCAGUGAUGUCCAUCGCAGUCCCAGCAAGGAGCUAACUGGGAGACCGGGGGGUGUCGGAGCAGACACCCCCAGAAUCUGGCUGGGCAGGUUGUUUGGAGCCUCAAAAGGCCACAUGGAUACCUCAGCCUCUGACCUCAAAGCUACCCACAACCCUCUCAGGCGUCCAUCCAGCUGGCUGGUCCCUGGGGUGUCAGUUCUGACCCGGAUGGCGAGUCCAGCGCAGAGUGCCCCACCAGAGGGAGAGCAAGACAGGCCGAGACCCAGGACACCCAGGUCAGUGAGGACACUGUGUGACCACCAGGGCACUGGGGCGGAGCUCAGCUUCAAGAAAGGGGAGGAGCUUCUUCUGAUUGGAGGGGUGGAUGAAGAGUGGAUACGCUGUCGGCAAGGAGACAGAGAAGGGCUGGUUCCUAUUGGCUAUGCCUCUCUAAUCAUGUGACAUAAUUUUCUUCUCAUGUAAUCUGUGCAGAC